CCCCGAUCAUUGGCAGAUUUCCCGAAUUUUCAAUUUUUCCAGCCAGGGUGUGAUCAAGGUGACGUUUAGGACUUGGGCGGGCGAGGGGUUGACUGUCCGCGUCCGUACUGACCGGGGAGGACGUGCAGUCCAGGGGCGUGACCAGGAUUGCACUACCUGUGGCGCAAUUGUGCACCUGAGGUGCAGCUGGGAUUUGAACCCGCGCUUGGCUGAGUCCGAUCCUGAGCUUUGCCAGAUCGUGGAACCGGGAUGACCCAAUCUUUGGUUUGUUCGCAGACCGUAAGCAGGGUGAGUUCGGUGCUGAAUCGCGACACCCGGCAGUUUGGCAAGAAGCACCUUUUCGACCAGGACGAGGAGACGUGCUGGAACUCCGACCAGGGCCCUUCCCAGUGGGUAUCGCUGGAGUUUCCCCAGCUCGUCCACGUCUCCCAGCUGCAGAUCCAGUUCCAGGGCGGCUUCUCCAGCCGCAGGGGCCGCCUGGAAGGUACCAGAAGGGCCUGGGGGGGUGGAGGUCUGAGGCGGGGCCCUCCCGGGACUCACUGUCCCCCUCCUUCUGCGGCAGGGUCACAGGGGGGUGACCCCCUCCGUAAGAUUGUGGACUUCUACCCGGAGGACAGCAACUCGCUCCAGAUAUCCUGCCCUGGCCUCUGGGGUGGGUGGCGGUGGGACGUACGCCUUUAAAAGCGUGGGGUCCACCUGGACCUGAGUG